GCAGGGCGCUAACCCGGAAGCGGAAGUGGCGCCGCGCAGUGCGGACUUGAGGCGGGACCAUGAACAUCCUGCCCAAGAAGUCGUGGCACGUGCGGAACAAGGACAAUGUGGCCCGCGUGCGGCGGGACGAGGCGCAGGCGCAGGACGAACAGCGACAGCGGGAGGCCCGGGCCCUGCUGGCCGAACAGGAGGCGCGGACCGAGUUCCUGAGGAAGAAGGCACGGGUGUCUGCCCUGCCAGGACCCGAUGGCGGCUCGGCGCUGGCCCCGAGUGGCGAGGCGCCGCGCCAUGUCGACCUCUUCCGGGACCUGGAGGAGGGCAAGGGCUCCACGACUGGGAACAAGGAGUAUGAGGAGGAGAAACGCAGGGAAAAGGAACGGCAGGAGAAAGCUAUCGGGCUGCUGACCUAUCUGGGGCAGAGUGCAGCCGAGGCCCAGACUAGCCGGCCGUGGUACCAGGAAGCCCCCAACCGCAGCCAAGAGGCAGCCACGGUGACCACGCAGGAGCAGCUGAAGGGCAGACUGGACCCGCUGCGGGAGAUGGAGAGGCACCUGCGCAAGAAGAAAGGGGAGGGGAAGAAGCGCAAGAAGGAGAAAGAGAAGCCAGCAGGGGAGAAGAAAGCAGUGGGCUCUGCCCCCCUCUCCCUGGAGCAGCUGCGGCGGGAGCGGCUGCAGCGGGAGCAGGCCGAGCGAGCCAGGACCGAAGCCCUGUUGGCUGGGCGGCUUGGGGAGCCCCAGCGUGGGGAGGAGGAGGAGGAGCCGGAUGACAGGAAACGCCGCUACAACUCCCAGUUCAACCCGCAGCUGGCACGCAGGCCCCGCAGCUGGGACGAGAGGGAGCAGCACUGAGCCCUCCCAGCGCCCCCUGGAACUGGUGGCUGAAAACAGCGGGCCCUGGGCACAGAGACUCCUGUACCAGGGGUCACACGGCAUGUGGAACAGGGACAUUGGCAUCACAGCAAGGCAGCCAGCGUGUGGUAUCACUCUGUAGACUUGCGGGGGGGGAAGACACCGAGUGCUGUCCUCUCUGCCACCCUCCUGGCCAUGAAGGUUGGCAUGGGGGUCGUACUCGGGGAGCCAGAACCCUCCUUGCUCUCACAGGAGGGUGCUGGCUGCCCCACUGGGGCCCCAGGCUGGACACUCACCUCUUAGCGCCUGGCGUUAUUAGCAGCAGCAGGUACCAGGGUUUAUCUGAAUGCCCCACAAGGCAGGGGCUUAUCUGCUAAUAAAAGGCAUCUCUUUUCACUCACUCACUCAGGGGAGCAGGGAAAGCUUGGAUAGGAGCAAGCCCAGAAGGGGAAACCCAGUCCCGGACUCCUGGGUUCCAGUUGCAGGUGCGUGCUGGGAGUCAGGACAGCUGGGUUUUAUCCCUGGCUUGGAGAGCAGGAGCCAGUGGGUUCAGUGGGGGCAGGAGGCCCAGCCCCUUGUCAGAGAGUGGAGUUGAGUGGAGGGGACUCCUGGGUUUGCCAGCUGGCUCUUUAGGGGGAAGAUAUCAGGAAUCCUGAGUUCUAAUUUCCACUUCUGCCUCUGAUUUCUUAUAUACCUCAACGGCUCCCUCCCACAGUGCUCACUGUACCUCGGCUGCUGGGGAGGCCCAGCCCUUUAGCCAUGGCGAUGAAAAGCACCUGCUACAGGGUGUGCCUGCCCCUCUGCUGAACCCGCACCCAGGCCCCACUGGAAUCAUUCAUGGCUCACACCUGGCUGGUAGGGCCCAGCUCCCAGCACAAGGCUAGCUCCCUGUGCCUUCCACAAGGCCAUUAUCUGACAGGGGAAACUGAGGCAUGGACAGUCUGGUCUCUUCUGGGGUUCCUUAUGGGGUGGGGGUGUCUGUCUCUCCCUCACCAGUCAGCCUGCAGCAGGGGGGAUGAUUGAUUCAGCCCCAUCGCUAGGCCAUGCCCACCCCACAGAGGGACUUUCCCAGCAGCCAUUGGGGUUAACAGUGCCAGGUGGGAGGGGGGGCUCCAGGGAGAGGGGUGGGGGGCUUUUAAAUCUAAAGCAGAGCAGGCAGCAGGGAAGAUCCUGCUCUGGGCCUGAGGGCAGGGAGGGGCGGAGCUUGACCCCAGAGCCAGGCAAGAUCCCCCAUGGAACAUACCACCCGUCAGCUCCUGCAGAGGGGGCUGCAUCUCCUUCCCCUGAAUAUACCAUGCAGUCACCUCCUGCAGUGGGCUGGGGAUCCCCCAUCCCAGCCACGCACUGUCUGGGCGGGGAGGCGGUGGGGAGAAAGAGCUGGCUGGGACUCUGGCAAAUAGUCAUGUGAAAUCUCCCCCUCCCCACUCCACUUACCAAGAUAUUUUCAGCAUAAAGUGACACCAAAAUAA